AUGAAUUCUUUGAGCUGCGAAAGUCCAGUGCGGGAUAAUGGAUUGCAGAUCUACGCAGUUCUCAAUCUCCAUGAAACGCCUCGAAAACUUUUAAGCAAAGACAACAAGAGCAACUUCUACUGCCAUUUUGCUCUACCACUCCCUAAGCAAGUUGUAGUCUUUGCUGUGGGGGAGUGGGAGAGACCAUCAGGUAAAAGACGAAAAGCCCUUCACAACUCAUUUUUUUGUAAAGUUGAAUCACCAAAAAGUAGCCCAAAGAAUAACAACUUGUCAAGUCUUUUUUUAACUCCAAGUACACCUUAUUCUCCAUGUGUGAAGAGAGAAGUCCCAUCAGGCCGCUGGGGUUUUUUUAUGUGCUCCAUUGAUGACAGCAAGACAGUUAUGAUUGGUGGACAAGGUGCCAAGCAACAAAUGGUUAAAGACUCACUCUGGGUCGUGUCUACAAAAUCAGGAGAGGCAUUUUUUUCCCAGCCUUCWUCAACUGGAAGUACAGGAGCAGACAGGAGAAUGGGCCAUUUUUUUUUCUAUGAUCCUGAAUCRAAGGUHAUCUUUGUUUAUGGUGGCUCAAAAAAUAAUUUUUUUUUUAGUGAUGUUCAUAAACUGGAUACAAAAACAUGGACAUGGUCUUUAUCUCAGACAGUUGGUAAAGCGCCAACCAGGGCCUAUCACAGUUGUAAUCUUUUUUUUGGUGAAUUAUGGGUGUUUGGUGGGGUGUAUCCCAACCCUGACCCACAGCCUUUUUUUUGCAGUAAUGACAUGUAUGUCAUGAGUUUAGAAGCCAAAAACUGGUACACGCUUUUUUUUAGUUCUUUGAAGCCAUUACCACGAUCUGGACAUACUGCUUGCUUGGUAGAUGACCGACUAGUGAUGUUUGGUGGAUGGGAUGCUCCAACCUGUUUUAAUGAUCUUUUCUUUUUUGACCUCACAAUCAUGGAGUACACUCAACCAUCAACAACUGGGACACACCCAUCACCUCGUAGCUGGCACACUGCWGUAACUUUACCUGGAAAACUUUUUUUAAUACAUGGUGGAUAUAAUGGCAUUAAGACUUUGUCAGAYUGUUUCUUGUUUUUUUUUUCCCUUACAUGGACUGGAAUAAAAACUCCAGAAAGCCUUUAUGCCAGGGCAGGGCAUUCGGCAUUAUUAUUGCAGCAAGGUGAAGACACCCAGGAAGAAAUAGUCAUUUUUGGUGGUGGUGAUAACUUAGGGGAAUUUUUCAAUGACUUCACAAGCUUCAGUCCUCAGGAACUAGAUUAAAAGUAUUAUACUCAAGACUAGUAAAUUGUUUGUAUGUGUGCUUAACUUUUUUUUACUAUGUAAAGGGCCAUGCUCCACCAGCAUUCAAUGCAGUCGUCUUCUAAGACUUUUCAUAAUAUUAUCGAAAAUGAGCUGACUUCAAUAUCCAUUCACAAUCCAUUGUUUUUUUUCGGUUUUAAGGAAGAAUCUUACAAUAUCUCCAUUUAUAUACAUGUAGGUUGAUGGGAUAAUAAUGUAAAGAGUACGACUUUGCUUAUACACCCUUUUAAUAAGUCCCCUUUUUUUGAUUUUUCCGCACUUGACGUCAAAUUU